AUGAACGACAAGAACACGCCCCCUCCGCCCCCCACCGCAGGUGCAGUUCCUCCUCCGCGCCGCGCGGGGGCGCCGCGGCCCCGCGGAGACCUGCGUCUGCGCCGGCCAGGGGGGUCGCUCUGGCCCCCGAGGACCCUGACGGCGGCGGCGGCGGCGGCGGCGGCGCGUUGCGCGGCCGCGGCUCCCCCACCUGUCACCCUGGCCCUCCUCUGCUUGGACGGUGUCUUCCUCUCCUCGGCCGAGAAUGACUUCGUCCACCGGGUCCAGGAGGAGCUGGACCGCUUCCUGCUGCAGAAGCAGCUGUCUAAGGUUCUUCUGUUCCCCCCAUUGUCCAGUCGCUUGCGGUACCUGAUCCACAGAACAGCGGAAAGUUUUGAUCUCCUGAGCAGCUUCUCUGUUGGGGAAGGCUGGAGGAGGAGGACAGUCAUCUGCCACCUGGACAUCAGGGUACCCUGUCCAGAUGGGCCCUCUGGCCCCUGCCACCCUCCUACCUCCCACCCCAGCAAGUACCGCGGUCCAAGGCCCACCUCGAACCAGGGAGCAGCGGCUGGUCCCCGAGGUGCGCGGGCCGGCCGGUGGCAUCGCGGGCGCAAGCCGGACCAGCCUUUGUAUGUCCCCCGGCUGCUGCGCAAGCAAGAACAGGCAGCGCCCUCCACCCCAGAGCUCAAGGCAGAGGCCCUAGUUGAUGGAGUGUCAGGAGAGCCCGCAGGUUCUGGUGCGGGGGACCCUGACACCGAUCGGGGACUCCCCGUAUCAGUGGCUGAAGGAGCAGAGGACCCGAAGAGCCCAGAUCAAGGCCCCGGGAAGGACGUGGAGCUCCCAGAGCCUGCAAGUCCCCCGGGGACGGCGCACGGCCCCGAGUCCCUUGGAGUGGAGAUGGCCGCACAGCUUGCGCUCCAUCCACAGCCGGCCUUGGAGGAAGAGGAGGGGAGUCAGCUGGAGCAGAGCCUGCUGAACAGAGAGAAGAAGGAAGAGGAGGAGGUGAAGGCGAUGGAGAUGGCGAGGGAGACGGGGAUGGUGAAGGCGGCCCCCGAGGUGGAGGAAGAUGAAGAGCUGAAGGAGCAUCACGGCCCUGACAGCUGUCCCGAUGACGAUUUCAGUGAGCUGCGGCAGGAGAUCACAGCCAACCUGACCGAGAAGGAAAUCCAGAUCGAGAGGAUCCACGUGGACACAGCCUCCUUCAUGGAAGAGCUGCCCGGGGAGAAGGAUUUGGCCCACGUGGUAGAGAUCUACGACUUUGAACCCGCGCUCAAGACCGAGGACCUCCUGGCCACGUUUUCUGAGUUCCAGGAGAAGGGGUUCAAGAUCCAGUGGGUGGACAACACUCACGCCCUGGGCAUCUUCCCCUGCCUGGACUCAGCCACCGAGGCCCUGACCAAGGAGUUCCCCACGCUGAAGAUCCGGCCCCUCACACAGGGGAGCAAGCAGUCCAAGCUCAAAGCCUUGCAGAGGCCAAAGCUCCUGCGCCUGAUGAAGGAGAGGCCACAGACAGAUACAGCAGUGGCCCGGAGGCUGGUAGCCCAGGCCUUGGGGCUCCAACACAGAAAGAAAGAACUGCCCGCCGACCCAGGUGUGCCUCCCUGAGGCCCCGUGCCGGGUCCCCUGGGCAAGCUGGGGUCCCAACCCCAAAAGCCUUUUAUGGACACGGGACAGCCCCUUGCCACCGCCUCCCGACCUCCACCCUGGGGCCUGGGCAGGCUUCAGUUGUUCUAGUUCCAGAAAUUUAGAACACAAUAAAAGCUUUAAAGUUGUCCUCUG